AUGGGUGUAGGUCUUUUGGUUUCCGUUGAUCCAGAGGAGAUCUUAGGGUCGAGUCCCCAAGGUCUGACCCUCGACCAAGUCGCCUACUUUGGCAAAUGCUUGGUUGAAAUCACCCCCGAAAACCUCGCGUCGAACCUCGCUUUUCUCCGACAGAACUUUUCGAAGCUCGCCAUAUAUUUCGACGUGCGUAAAUUGAAAAGCUGGGACAGUGUUAUAGACGUCCUCAACAAUGGGGCUACUAAGAUCUUCGUCACCUUCGAGCAACUCAAGGUUCUGUCGCAAGAGCAGACCAUCUCUCCGGACCGCCUCGUCCUCACGAUCUCUCUUGUGAACCCGCAAACCGACCUGAACAAACUCAAAGCUUUCCUCGAAGGCAACCCCAAGUGGAAGACGACCGAGUGGGCGUUUGAUGGUGGGAAAGGAAACGAACACCUGGACGAAGUUUUGAAGGAUGUUGGCAAUUACCCUCCUAGCCAUGAUCAAACAAUAUAUGUGAGGGUAACGAGUGAGGUGGAAGGCACAAGUGUGCUCCACGAAUAUCCCGGCAAUGCCUUGAUUGUCUCGUCCAAGAUUUUGACGUUCAAUCCGGCCGGGAAGGAUGAGAAGCUCAUUCCCGCGGUCGAUUUGGUCCUUGCUGGAGCUACUCCGGACAGAAAGACAGGAUUGUAUGCGACUGUUGUUGUCGACGAGCGCGAUGUCGCGUUGGGUCUCGUUUGGAGCAGCAAGGAGAGUAUCGCAGAAGCGCUCAAGACCGGUAGUGGUGUCUACCAAAGUCGCAAGCGAGGUCUGUGGCACAAGGGAGCUUCUAGUGGCGACACCCAGGAACUCAUCAGCAUCGGCUUUGACUGCGAUAAAGACUGUUUGAUUUUCAGAGUCCACCAGAAGGGCCGAGGUUUCUGCCAUCUAGGUACAAUGUCAUGCUGGGGGAAAACAUCGGGUCUGUCGCGACUACAGAGAACUCUUCAAGAGAGGAAGGUGGACGCUCCAGCUGGUUCCUACACUGCUCGACUCUUCAACGAUCCUAAGUUGGUCAAUGCAAAGAUCAAAGAGGAGGCAGACGAACUAUGUGAGGCCACAACAAAAGAAGAAAUUGCCUCGGAAGCAGCGGACCUACUCUACUUUGCUCUGACUAGAUGCAUCGCCGCCGAUGUCACGUUGGAAGACAUUGAGAGAAACCUCGACCUCAAGAACUUGAAAGUCAAGCGAAGAAAGGGUGAUGCAAAACCACAGUAUGUCGAGGAGAAACCAGUUCAAGUUGAGUCAAAGGCCAACGGCUCCAACGGCGUCAAUGGCCAACAAGACGAAGAGAUGAAGGAAGCUGCUUCGGUACCAAAGUCACCCUCGGAUCCUGCUGGCAAGACAGAAUCGGGGCGAAUACAACUCAAGCGUUACUCUACCUCGCAGGCAUUCUCGGAUGAUGUUCUCAAGUCAGCUCUGCAGCGCCCUUCUCAAAAGUCAAAUGAGAAGAUCAUGUCUCUUGUCCAUCCGAUCAUUGCCGAUGUUCGGUCCAAUGGCGACGCAGCUGUUUUGAAAUACACCCAUAAGUUCGAAAAGGCCACAAGCCUCAAGUCUCCUGUCCUGAAGGCCCCGUUCCCUGAAUCGCUUAUGCAACUACCUGAGGAAACCAUCAAGGCCAUCAACACGUCGUAUGACAACAUCCUUAAAUUCCACUCGGCCCAGAAACCCACUUCAGAUCUUGUGGUCGAGACAAUGCCGGGUGUUACUUGUUCGCGAUUUUCUCGUCCGAUCGAAAAGGUCGGCCUCUACAUUCCCGGUGGUACGGCAGUGCUACCGUCUACGGCGCUGAUGCUGGGUGUCCCUGCUAUGGCUGCAGGGUGUAAGAAUAUUGUUCUUGCAUCCCCUCCACGAUCAGAUGGUACCAUCACUCCGGAAAUUGUAUAUAUUGCUCACAAGGUUGGGGCUGAAGCUAUUGUCCUUGCGGGUGGAGCACAGGCGGUAGCAGCAAUGGCAUACGGCACUGAAUCCAUUACCAAGGUCGACAAAAUCCUUGGCCCUGGAAAUCAAUUUGUUACUGCUGCAAAGAUGAUCGUCAGCAAUGAUACGUCGGCUGCCGUGUCAAUUGACAUGCCAGCGGGACCAUCAGAAGUUCUCGUGAUUGCGGACAAGACGGGAGACCCAGCCUUUGUUGCAAGCGACCUUUUGAGCCAGGCCGAGCACGGAACCGACAGCCAGGUUGUUCUUAUCGCCGUCGAUCUAAGUACAGACGAGCUUCAGGCCAUCGAGGACGAGGUGCACAAACAGGCACAUGAGCUUCCUCGCGUCGAAAUCGUACGAGGCGCAAUCGAGCAUAGUGUAACCAUUUCUGUUUCGGACUUGGAAGAAGCUCUCAAAUGGUCGAAUUACUAUGCACCCGAGCAUUUGAUCCUGCAAGUCGCCAACCCCCGCUCUGUUCUUCCGCUCGUUCAGAACGCGGGUUCCGUCUUCAUCGGUGGCUGGACACCGGAAUCUGUUGGUGACUACUCUGCAGGCGUGAAUCACAGCUUGCCCACGUAUGGGUAUGCUCGACAAUACAGCGGUGUCAACUUGGGAAGUUUCAUGAAGAACAUCACGAGCAGUGAAGUCAGCGAACAAGGCGUCGGCGAGGUUGGAUAUGCUGUUGUGGAACUUGCCAGAUGUGAAGGCCUUGAUGCACACAAACGUGCCAUGGAAUUGAGGAUGGAAAAGCUGGGGUUGCUGGUGAAGGCGCGGCCGUAG